GCCGCUGCCCUGAACGCCGGCGCCGCGGUCUCCGGGCAUGAGGAACGCGGGCAAGGAGCUGCACGGCGCCCCCAGCCGCUACGCGCCCUGCGACUGGUAUUACCACCUCCCCGUGAAGCGGUCUGAGAAGGCUGUGGGUGCCCCACCAGUGUCCCAGAUCCCAGGCCUCAGCGAGCUUCGGGACCCUCCCAGCGGGCACAUGCUGGGGACACGGAGGUACUGGAUCAAAGAGACAGACUCAGAGUACGUGAAGCUGGCCAAGCAAGGAGGCCGGCCCGACCUGUUGAUGCACUUCGCCCCGGGGACCAGGAAAGGCACCCCGGUAGCCUAUGCCUUGCCGGACUGGUAUGUCCACCACAGCAAGCCAUCCACAGCCACCCAGAGGCAAGGUCUCGCGGCCUGCAUGCCCGACUACAUGGUCCACGAAGAGUUUAACCCUGACCCCGGCAGUGGGAAUUAUGAGUCCAGAAGGGGGCCGUUCGACUUUGACAUGAAGACUGUGUGGCAGAGGGAGGCCGAGGAACUCGAAAAGAAGAAGACAAAGGUGAAGCUCCCGGCCAUUAACUCCAAGUACCCCAGCAAAGUGGGGACCCCACUGGGUCCCAAAGACCCUGCAGGAAGUAGAUUCUCCUUCCCUCCCAUGCCUGGUCAAAAGCCUGGCUCCCCCACAAACUUCUCCAAGCUCAUCAGCAACGGGUACAGGGACGAGUGGAUGCAGCAGCGCGCGGAUGCGGACAGGAGCACCCCGCGGACGCCCGCAGAGCCCCCCUCGGCUCAGGCCGCCGAGGACCUUGAGGGACAGGAGGCUGAGCAGCGCGAAGACCCGGAGGUUCCGGAAGGCUCUGCCGAGGCCCAAGAGUCUUCCUCAACAAGUCCAGCAGCAUCUCCGUCCACACCGACACCUGCAGAACUCAAGUGACCCCGAUCGGUGCGUGAGCAUCACCUCCCCAUGGCUGCUGUGACCACCUGCCCCGCAGCUGUAUUUAUAGGCUCCUGUCGUGCUUCCUGAACGUAGAUUCUGGUGAAAUCGGCUGUCUUAGAGCAGGCUUGAUGUCACCAUCGCGUAGGUGGUGAAAGGCCCGGUUCUGCCUCCUGCGUCUCCCUGGGGUGUUGGGAAGUGGCCUCGCCGACAUUCUCACUGACGUCUGCCGUUCAGACUCUGCCCUGAAGACACUCACGGCCUUUCCCACGACCGUAAUCUCUGCAGAGGUGGUUUCUCUGUGGAAAAACGACAGCAUAUUGUGAUCCACUUUAUACUAAGAAAAAGAUGAAUUUAUUAGGCCUUGACGUUUUAAACAUUUAGUAUAAAAACAUUGCAGUGUUUGCUAUUUUAAAAUUUUUGCUAAUUGCAAAAAAAUAAA